AUGACUGGGGCAGUGGCAAACAGGACCACCAUAACAGAAUUCUUGCUCUUGAGGCUCCCUGAGGACCAGGGGCUGCAGAUGCUGUGUGCCACCCUCUUCUUGCUGAUCUACCUGGCAGCCCUGAUGGGGAACCUCCUCCUCAUCACCCUCACCACUCUGGACCAGCAUCAGUCACACAUGUAUUUCUUCCUGAAGAAUCUGUCCUUGAUUGACAUCUGCUAUGUCUCUGUCACUCUCCCCAAAUCCAUCAUGAAUUCUCUGACCAACAGCCAUUCCAUCUCCUUCCUGGGAUGUGCCUCACAGAUUUUCCUUGUGAUUGCUCUUGCUGACACAGAGUAUGCCCUCCUUCUGGUGAUGUCCUAUGACCGCUAUGUCGCCAUCUGCCACCCUCUGCACUAUGAGGCCAUCGUGAGCAGUCGCGCCUGUGUGCAGAUGGUGACUGUCUUGUGGCUCAGUGGGUGUGUGUAUGGGUCCCUUCACAUAGCAGGCACAUUCUCAGUCCACUUCUGUGGGUCCAACAUCGCACCUGUCCUCUGUGAUAUCCCUUCGCUGCUCAUGCUUGCUUGUUCUGGACAAGGGCCCAGCCUAGCACUGGACUCUGUGUGCUUUGUGUUGAUUGACGCUUCCUACAUCCACAUCUUCUCUGCAGUCCUGAAGAUGCCCUCCCAGGAGGGCAGAGCCAAAGCUUUCUCCAUGUGCCUGCCUCACCUUGCGGUUGUGACUCUCUUCCUCUCUUCUGGCUUUUUUGCCUAUUUACACCCUCUGCCCUCGAAUCCCUCACUCUGGGGUUUGCUGGUUUCUGUGUUCUACACAGUGGUACCACCCACCGUGAAUCCCCUCGUCUACAGUCUGAGAAAUAAGGACAUGAAGGAGGCAUUGAGAAAACUGCUCAGGGGUAGAUUCUGCCCUUCAGGUUAG